UGUCGUUUUUUUCCCCCCCCGAAAUCGUGAAACGAUGUCGUUCGUCGACGCGACGCGGAAGCUGGCCAGUUGACGGAGUUCGGUACAACAUGCGACUGGCGCCGUUGCUGGUAAACCAUGGUCUGGUGUUGUUGUGGAUGCUGUUGGUACCAUGUGGUUCUGUCACCUUCGAGGAUGGACCUACCAGCGAGCAGACCGAGGGACGCGACAACCAGGUCCCAGAGCCCCAGGAGCAGGUGCCAUUCAACAGGACGCGACAGGGGAAGGGAAUUUUCGACUGGAUCGGUCUGGGAACCGGGCGAAACGUGGACCCCUACAUGGCGAAGACGAACAAGGGUUGUUUGAAUGGAGAUCUAGCCGAAUGUUUCAAGUCCCAGGCGUUGAGUUACUUCACCGACUUCUUCGACCAGCCCCACUACGAUAUGAACGAUUACGUAAAAGUCGUGAGGAUGUCCAGGGACGUGGUGAAGGAGGUUGGUCGUCAGCCGUACGAAUACUCGAACGAACCAAGGUCCAGUGAUUCCGAGUGGGACCAACUCACGAAGUUCGCCAUGAGGAAGGCCGAGAAGUUCGUGAAAACCGUGGCCAUUGAGUUGCACAUACCAUCCGAAGAAACUGGAGACAACGAUGUCUACGCCCCCAGGUUCCUGGAUGAAAUUGCAGACGAGAUUGAUACUCUGGAGAACAAAAAGGACACCCUCUUCUCCCGCCAUCAGCUGAAGAAGCUCCUGAUCCCGAUGCUGAUCGUUCUGAAGCUGUUCAAGCUCAAACUACUGUUGUUCUUGCCCCUGAUUUUGGGCCUGGCGUCCUUUAAAAAGUUCCUCGGCUUCCUCGCGAUCGUGAUACCGGGUCUGAUUGGCUUCUUCAAGCUCUAUAAGCCGCUCACUCAAAAUUAUCAUCCUCCGGUGUAUAGUCAGAGCGGGAUUGGCUACCCUCCUUACUACAAGGAGAAUGCUAAUAAUUAUCCUUAUGCGGAGCAGGGUGCUCAUCCAGCUCCUGAGUACCAAGGUGGUUACCACGGGGAUAGCGUGUCCUUUGGCCAGGACCUCGCUUAUCGAGGCUACCAGGAGUACCAGUCAUAA